CCACUUUAGCUGUGAGCGUGUUGGGGCUCUCUGUGCGUGUUGUUCGCGGAAUAAAGACAGUCUGGAUUGAAUCGCCGUUUGUUGUCCAUCGAUAUUUUUACGCGAAACCCGAAAGAAUUCGGUCCCGAUUACCAGUGACUAUAGUGUAUUAGAUGCAAGUGAAGUGUAUGUGUACGAUGAAAGUGAUUCCCUACUGAAAAUCGGUGAAUAGUGCUUUUUUAUCACAAUCAAUCGUCAUUGUGCCUGGCCUGAUCUAAUCACGACAACGACGACGUCAACAAUUAACAGUGGGUGACGUUUCGCGCUUCCAUUCCAGUGUGUUGUGUCAGUGUGCGACUGUGGUAGUUUUGUGAGUGAGUCUAUUAUCGUAGCAAAACGAAAAGGUGAAAUAUUUUUUGCUCAUUCCGUAUAUAUAUAUAAUAAUACCAAACACACACAACACACGUGAGUCAUGGGGAAGUUACUAAGCCUGCUGGCACGGGAUGAAUCAACCUGCUGCACACCGAAAACGUACGACGUGUUUCUUGACUUCGAAAAUGCGGCCCCCACCGACCUGGAGCGGGAGGUGUACGAAGAGGUCGACCAUGUCCUGCGCCAGUCCGAGAUCGUCCUAGACGAGAUCCAGUGUUAUAAGGGUGCCGGUAAGGAAAUCCGAGAAGCGAUCGCCGAUCCCUCGCCAGAAUGCCAAGAGAAAGCCUGGAACAUUGUGAUACCGCUGGUGGAGAAGCUGAAGCGCUGCUACGAACAUUCGCUCGAGCUGGAACGGAUCGUGCCGAAGCUGCUCGGUCAGCUGGUGGGCGGACGGCUCAACCCAACACAGCACCUGGAAACACAGCAAGCGCUCGUCAAACAGUUGGCCGAAAUUUUGGAGUUUGUGCUAAAGUUUGACGAGUACAAGAUGAAAACCCCAGCUAUUCAGAACGAUUUCAGCUACUAUCGACGCAUCGCCAGCCGGCAGCGGCUAGACCAGACGAACGAGAUGAUCAUCAGUACCGAGCUGGCCAAUCGUAUGUCACUGUUCUAUGCACACGCCACCCCAAUGCUCAAGGUGCUCAGUGAAGCGACGUCCAAGUUUGUGCAGGACAACUCGGACAACGUUGACAACACGACGGAAACGCUUGGCACGAUGGCGAAAGUUUGCCUACGGAUGCUGGAGAAUCCUAAACUAUUGGCACAGAUCGAACGGGAAGAAACGCAUCUGCUGCUGCUGCGGGUAAUGGUCGGGCUGGUGAUACUGUACGAUCACGUCCACCCGGUCGGUGCGUUUGCGCGUGGCGCCCACGUAGACGUGAAGGGUUGCGUGCGGUUGCUGCAGGCACAGCCGGCCGUCAAGGCGGAACCGUUGCUGAAUGCGCUCCGCUACACAACGAAGCACCUGAACGAGGACAACACGCCGAAAAACAUUCGAAAUCUGCUCGCCGCCUAAAGCCCAUCCAUAGCACCUUACGUAUUAUUACUUCAAACUACUGCUCGCUACACUACUGAUGAUGGUACGCAGGUGUGGUGUCGUGGCAGGCGCAGGCUCGUGAAAACUCGUGAAACACUUUGAAACGUGCAAGUGUUUUUUAUGUGAGCGCGGGACACGUGUGCGUGUGAGUGCAUGGAGGACUUUUCUUUGCUUUUCGACCCACCCGACGACCGUCAGCUUUUCCGAGUGACCGCGGGCACGUCGUGACCGGGGAAUUAUAAAUACUUUACCAACAUAUUAAUCACCACUGGAAGAGACAGCAUACGCUUAGAACAAUCUACUUAUUACUUUCACACCUCCUCCGUGUUUCUUCUUUCCCUCUAAAAGACUCCAGACUAUUGGAAUUCUAUCACUCUUCAUACAGGAAAAAAAAUCCCCCUUUAGUUUAAUAUCGCAAUUACUUUAGAAUUGUUUGUUUUUCCCCUCCCCUCUAAGCUUACUAUAAUGCUAUUUGUGAGCGCUUAUGUUUUGUUAACUUUUUAAACAUUCGUUUCAUCCAAUCGAUCACUUCUGCAACUAAGGGUUAAGUAUGAAAACAGGUUUAGCUUAUUCUUAUUACGUUAAUAUGUUGUUCUGCUCGGUUGAAGUCACCGGAUUAGGAAACAUUUCUCGAUUGGUCUUUCUGCCCGACACGACACAAUAGAGGAGAAGAAAAUGUGACCGAACGCGCAAAACCGCAGAAAAAGAUUUGGUUUUUUAGUAAUUUAACAAAGCUGCGAAAAAAAAGCGAACAACCAACGGUAUAACACACAAUAUCUAUUAUCUGGUAGGCAUUUAAGUGUAUCUUGAUAAAGUAAUUAAAAUUAAAGCAGACGGAUCACUCCCCCCCAUUUACUAUUACUACUAUGGCACCUUCAUACAAUUGUACAUGUGUGCGAUAUAGGUUGAAGGCGGGUCGAGUCGAUGGGGGGCACGAUGGUUGGACGGAGGGGAGGAAAUUAUUAGCAAAGGAAAAAGUAAAUAAAUAUGUAAACGUGUGAUAAGCAAGGAAAAGCUGUGGAAGUGAGCACAGCUACAGUUCCGAUAUGAGAAGAGCUCCAAACCAACGCAUACCGUGGGAGGGUAGAUAGCAUGCUUCGAAGCUUCGCUCUUAGGCUACUCGAAACGCGAGCGGGCGAGAGUGAACAUUCUAGGAGGACUUACGGAACAGACGGACUCCUCGGCAAGGACUAUUCGAAACAAAAGUUUGUUAGCACAAAGCUGUACUGGCCAGCAGCAGACGAUAGGAUAUGUGAAGCGCGUCACGUCAAGCUCAAAUUGGGUUUGGCUUUUAGAACACACACACACACCUACACAGUUAAUCUCGUACCGCGCGUACACAUCAGCGUUAGCUAAUGUCUCUCGUCCUAAAUCAGUUGUAUCCCUGUAUCGGUUGUUACACCUUCCCCACAGACGCGAACAAACAAGCUUUAACACUUAAACUCUCACCCUAUCUAUACAUAUACAUCAAAAGGCAUAGCCGUGUGAGGGCUCAACGGCAACGGGGGUUUUUGUUCGACAUCCACACAACACCGUACCGAGGAAAAGUGGGAAAAUGUAUCGAAAAAAAGACCCACUACCGAAAUACCACUGCUGCUACCACGGAUUCAGAUGUGUUCUACUACUAUUUUACGACGUGGCAUUCGAACGGAGGAUGCUUAUUAAAAAGACGAAGAAGAAAAUUACGAACCAAAACAAAAACCAGGAAAAAUAAUAAGAAUUAAUUAACAUACAAAUGAAGGAGAAUACGAAAGCACAUACACAUCACAAAAAGGACAACCGAUGAGAAAGAACAGAAGAAGCACCAACAGUUGCUAAACGAACAAACCCUAGUGACAAACGAACGAAGCUACGUUAUUGGUACGUUAAUAAGUGUGUUUUUCCCCCACUAUAUGGUUAAACGAUUUCAUUUGUAGCUAAUAUUUUGAUCACCUUUUGUUUGAUUUUCUUCCCCCACUGAUGAUGCUGAGGUACGCGAAGUUUAGCAAAAUUUUGAAUCAAUCCGGAUGUAGCUGAUUCGACACAAAAUUAUUAGCCUAAUAGAAAAGAGAGAGAAAGAGAGAGAGAACUCGUUUCGUCUUAAGCAAACUCUAUCGAAUACCGUGUACUCUAAACCGUUUUUCCCCGUACAGAAUUGGAGUAAGCAAAUUAGAAACGAGAUGAAUAUUUGGACUGUUUUUUGACGUGUAAUGUGUUAGUUAGAGGAAGAAAAACCUAAACUAUUCGACCCUUAAAUGCCUUCUUCUCUCUUUCCUUUUCUUUCUCCCCCAAACCGGUAGGGUAGGGAGAUAGCUAAUUUAAACGUAAUUUAAUACAUGAGAUUAUUCGUUCGGCACUUCUUGCCCGGACCGGAUGCCCUGGUAUGAUAAAACCACGCAAAACAGUUCCUCUCCUCGUUGUUUUACUCACUUUUCGAUUAUCUUUUCUGUUGUUUUUUUCUCGGAAGUAAAGCAGUCGCGGAAAUUGCUUCUUCUCGCACGUUCAUAUUGUUAUCGUUAUGCAACGAAAGUAAGCAAACAACCACAAACACUCGAAAACAAGGCUCAGUUAGUAAUGGUGGGAAAAGGUGGAGUAGAGAGGAGCAGCAAAGCACAAGAUAUGAAAAUAACUUUACACAUUUAGUGUACGAGAAAGGAGGUAGGUAUUGUAAAGAGAAACACAAAUGGACAGGUCAAGAAUGUAAUUCAAACUAUUGUAAUCGGAAAAAACAAACGGUAAAAGCAAGAGAAGGUAAUGAAAUAUAGUAGUGGGAAGGACAAGAAAAGUGCAUAAGAAUCAACCAACAGCAUCGAAAAACCAGUUACUAACUGCUAAGGCUAUUAAAUGCGAAGAAAGCUUAUCAUUAACAACACAUACAUACACACACACAUGGAAACAUACAAAUCAUCAGAUUAAUAUUGAUAAGAGAGAGAGAGAGAGAAUACUAAUUGAAAGACGAGAAAGCGGAGGUGAACAAUAAGAAGGAAUCCAGACAGAACGGCGGAUGAGAGCUGUGCUUCGCAGCUGUAGUAGGCGAUGAACCGUGUACCGGCGUGAUGAAUGAGUUGUGCGGAUGUGAGUGAGUUGUGUGAGUGUGUAUGCGAAUAGAAAAAAGGAAAAUCGGAGUAUCGCAGCAACCCGUGCCGGUUGGCAACGGGUGAUGUUGGAGGAAAUAAACCAAAAAUUCCAAACAAUCUA